CGCAACGAGCGACAACUUGACGAUGACGUUGGUGGUACUCGCGCUGUCGCUGGCCUGCGCGGGCUUCAGUCUCACCGUCGCUCAAUCAAUGGAGCCGAUGCCCCUCUCGCCUGACUUGGGGUCGGGAGACAAGACAUGUGGGGCAAGCCCCUCUGCCGGACAACCUCAAACCAAGGGCAUCUUCCGGACCCUGGAGGUGCCCUCCGCCUCGGGAGCUCCCGUGGUCUAUGAACUUGCUUUUUACACAUCCGAAGUUGAUGCUCUUCGGUACGUUUAUUCCUUCGGUGCUGCUCAACCCGAAAGAAUCGCUCCAAUUAAUGUCACGAAUGUCGAGAAAUUCGAGGACUGCGCCAAAAAGGUGGCACUGGCAGACGUGGCUGGCUUCUGGUUCUACUAUGCACGCUGUUACGAGUUACCUAAGCCGAGGGCGAGCCUAUGCGCAUGUAUUGCCGGCCCUUAUUUGAUCCCCACAGGAUACUACUACAAACAGCAGUACUUCCAGACUGGUGAUACCGACCCUCUUAACGGACAGCGUCUUGCAAGCGUGCGAUUAGGACAGCGUCCUGCAAGUGUACGGUUAGGACAACGUCCUGCAAGUGUACGUAUAGAGGUGCUUGUGGGUGAUGCAGAGGUGCUUGAGGCCUCUUUCACGGGAGAGCUCACCAUCAUCCUGAAAGGCUCAUCGACUAAUAAGAGGAAGAAAAUUGGAUUCAUCUUCCUCGUCAAACUCGAAGAAGGCGGUCAAG